CUGGUCAACUUUUAAACUUUUCUCCCUUCCCGGAAACGAACGUCGGAGCGCCUCGCUCCGGGCAGGUGCGGAGCGGGCGGCGGCGGUAGGCUCGGGCUGAGGUGCGGUGCUCUGCAGCCGGAGGUGCGGAAAAGUUUUCUGCCCAGCUUUUGUUUUGCCAGUUUGACCUGAAUCUACGAACCAAUGAAGAAAUGAAAGGACAGAACAUACCAGCUGGCAUGAUCUGUUUAUUUCACAUCAGUGCUACACUUUGGGGUUUUACAGAACAGGAAGAAGUAACAGGGCUGUUUUCUGAGGAUUGCAUCCUCCCUUGUCGUUUCCCACCUGGGCAUGAUGAAGUAAUUCACUGGAGCAAAGAGAACAGAAAUGUGCACAGUUACUACCAGCAGCACGAUCAUCUGGAAGAACAAGAUCUACAUUACAGACUCAGAACACACCUUUUCCAUGAGAACAUCCCUAGUGGAAAUGCCUCCUUGAAACUUAGUAACCUGACCAUGACUGAUGAGGGCUCUUAUACCUGCUACGUGGGAACAGCACAAUAUCGAACAGAAGUGGAAGUGCAGCUACGUGUAAAAGCUCCUUCUUCUUAUGCACUGGAAUACCAAAAGACAAACACAGAAAGGAGACUGAAGUGCUAUGCUUUUCUCACUUAUCCAGCACCAACUAUAUCUUGGGUACAGGGCAGUAUAUCCAUCCAAGAGACAGAUCGGGAGGAAACUAGGAAUGGAGUUCUCUAUUCUCUUAGAAGUGACAAGGACAUCAUAAAUGUGACAGAUACUUACUACUGUCAUAUUCAUUUGGAUCAUGAAGUGUGGGCCGCUGAAUGGAAAAUGCAAGAGCACCUGCCUAAGGUGGAAGGAGAGAGCACCAUAAUUCCUUGUGAACACGGCCGUGACCCUGCAAGCACUGAUGGUUUCAGUGUUGUCUGGACAUUACACAGAAAUGCAGUGACCUCAGUCCUGGCCUCCUUCAAUGGCACGUCUCACUCUCACCAGCCUCGAGUCCAGGUUAACGAAAAUGACUUUUCACUGAGGUUGGAUCAUCUUACUGCAGGCGACAGUGGCGAAUAUCUGUGUAAUAUUUCAACACCUCUCUACACAAAGCUUGCUGUGACAACUUUGCACGUCGAAAAUUCAGGUAUCACUGGGAAAAGUGUGUGGGGAAUACUUGGUGCAGUGGCAGUAGCAGUGGCAAUAGCAGCGGUACUUUGCUAUCUCAAGAAAAAAAGGAAGAGAGAAAUUGUAUGAACACCUUGACAUAUGGGAAGAAAAUAGCUGUCUGCACACAGAUACUACUGACACUGAUGAUGAACAAAGAGGUCCUCCACCUUCCCCUUUGAGUUACAGUAAGAGCCGCAUGGAAAUGUGAUUUUCUGAGCAACACUAAUGGACAAAUGGGGAGGAAGAAAAGUCAAUGGACACUUGUAUGUGAAAAGUCAUGGAGCAGGGCAUCUCACCCCCCACAUGAGCUUAUCUCUUACUUUUUAACUGGUGAGUUAACUCAAACCAUGCGGGCUACCCCGGCCGGUCCUGACGGGGUGUCCACAAAUCCGAACGGGUUUCCCCGGACACUGCGUCCACAGUGCCCGCAGCCAACCUUCCACCCGUGCCCAGAUGUCGUAAUAAAGUGUCCUCACCAAUGAGAGACGGGAGCGCUCGCUGUAUGACAGUUCACCAGAGUUUAUUGCAGGAGAAUCCGAGGGUACAGACGUCGUGGAGAGGGGCAGGAAGGAUCAGGUGAUGGAAGGAGGAGGUCGGAAAGAAGUAGGGUGACAACUGCUGGUGAGGGAACCAGGGACAGCGAACUAGGAGCUGAUCACACAGCAGCUGACAGGCAAGCCUGAGAGCUGUGGCAAAAAGCCCUCCCAGUGGGGGUGGAUACAACUGCGGUAUAUAAACUGGGGAGGGACAGGAGGGGGUCAGGGUACAAUUCAGCCAAUGGGAAGGUAGGACAGGGGAGAAGUUGGGAUGGUGUAAUGUAGAACAGACCAAUAAGAAGUAGGAAGGAAGUGACAAGAACUGGGGAGAACCAAUAACAAAGCUGAGAAUACAGAACUUUCUAGAAAGUGGGGAUGAUUGACACAUGGUCAUUUGCUUGUGGGAGUGAGGGAUCAUGGGAAAAUGAGCCACUCUCUCAUCCUGAGUUACACGUAGGAAUCUUCCCAUCGCAUCCCAGGAGUGCUGUCCCCAGCACCGACUCCCACAAAACCAGACAGAGCUGUCUUGUAGUGAGUUAUUUUGGCACCAUGGGAUUAUCAUCUGGAAAGACAAACUGGAAUUCUGACUGACAGACACCUGCCUUUACAAACUACAUAAGCUACACCAAACUUUGACAAAUCAGAAAUCUUCUGCACAUUUUCCUGGAAACGUGGAGUUUCCCCUCAGAGCAGGGACGCCUGUUUUGCGGUUGCUCCUCUGGAGGCUGAGUAUUUUUUUGCUAGUUUUAAUAUAGGUACCUUGAUAUCAUGCACUGUUUUGUGUAAUCUACUCCCAGUUCUUUUGUUUUAUACUGUGUCAGAAUUAACUCAGGUUAAGACCUUUCAUGUGUUGCCUCCUGUCUGUUCAAUAAAUAACUCAUUUUAUAAAUACACCUGAUCUGCCAUCCUUAGAACUUGCGGGCCAGAGCGAUUUCUUAAAUUUAAGCUGUUGCCAAAAAUCUGAGGCUAAGGCAAAGCGUCUGUGAAGCUCCCAUUUCACUUGUCCUGUGACAAGUCAAUAUGCAAAACUGGAUUUCCUAAAGGGACAAAGAAGUUUCCAGAGAAGAAAUCCCUACAUUUUGAGGGGUUUUGGUUUGGGGUUUUUUUUUUUUUUUUUCAGGGUGAGGGGAAGAGAGCUUACUGGUUUUCAUUUAAUUUAGUAUUUUAUUUUUAAGACCAUGUCUGCUGUCGACAGUGGCAAGUCUGAGCCCCACAGAGUGCGCUGGGCUGGCAGUGGUGGGGUAGCAGAGAAGUGUCCAAGUGGGAACAGCUGUGGGGAACAAAACAGUGGCAGACUGAGGUGUGAGAAGCUGAAUGCUGCCAAACACAGCCUAGCACAGCGGUCUGGAAAAUGGGCCGUGUGACAUGGACGGUCCAGCUUUUGGGGGUUUAUCCAUCAUUGUUCUCCAUUGUCUUGGGCUUAGGGAUAGGAAAUGUUAGCUGUGGGAGCCUCCCCCACCUGCUUUUGUCCUGGGGGCCACAUGGUGUGUGGGAAUGGCUGCCACCUUGUCUUAGUCUAGAAAAACAUGUGGAGCUGGCAGCACUGGAAUGGCUGCCAUCUUGUCUUUGUCCCAGUAGCCACAUAGAACUAAGUUGAAGUGGUGAACACGUUUAUGUGGGUAAAGCAUCUCUUCUUAUAUACUUUUGUUAUUUACAUUGUUGCUCUUUGCUUUCAGUAAAUUAUCUCAACCCACAGUCUCUGCUUUUGUCUCUCUCUUACCAGAAAGGGGUGGGGGGAAGGGGAGUGGCUUAUUUGGAGUUUAAUUUUUCUGGCUGGUGUUAAACCACCAGGGACCAGCUCCCUGUUUAAAGGCAGGAAAGAUUGAAGAGAAUUCUUUAUUUCUGAGCCAGAGGAAGGUGUCCCUUGAUGCCAUCUCCUGUGCUUGUCCUGCAGCUGGCAAAGAGAAGUUCCUUGACUGGUGGUAGUGGAAGCUUAUAAAUUGACUGUUUAUAUGGAAAUCUUUACUUUAUCUUCUGCAAAACUCAGGGUCCUACAGGCAGGACAAAUGGAAGCGGGGUUUUCCCAGCUUUAAGGGCUGUCCCUUCCACAGGUUUAAUCUGUGCUGCUGUCCUGGUUCCAGCCAGGACAGGGUUUUUUUUUUGCAAUAGCCAUGAGGGGAUAUGACCAGAACCCUAAUGUUAUUUGAUGCCACCGACUUCAUUGGGGUGGGGGUGGGGAGAGGGACUGUCUGUGUGGUAAAAGGGGUUCAUUCAGGGAGGGGUCUAUGGUGAGCAUUUCUGCAUGUGCAUCACCCUCUGUUUUGUAUACUUUUUUUUUGUUACUAUCGUUGCUGUUACUAUUAAUUUUCUUAUCUCAUUGCUGUUUCCAGGAAAUUGUUCUUAGCCCGUGAUUUUUCACAUUUUGUGCUUUCAACUCCCAACUCCAUUCCAACAGUGGGAAGGGGGAAGGGGAGGGGGAGCAAGAGAGUGGCAGUGUGGUUUGAGAGUGAAGGGAGAAGUACUGUUCAUAAACCAGGACAGCUGCUUUAACAGUCUGCAUAUGAAAUACGUGAGGCUGUGCAGCAUGACUGGAUUUGCCCUUAGUUUUGAUUCUGUCAGAGAUCUGCCAAUUAGGAUUUGUUCCAACAUAAUGAAGUCGACUGUUGGCGAGAUGUAAUCUUCU